GAAAAGUUCGAGUUGUGGUGGGAUUGGGUGGGAUUUUAUUUGCAAAGUAAAUAGUGAUCACUUUUAGUUUCUUCACGGCGGUGCAGGGCUAGCUCAAGUUAUGUUGCGACUUACGGCUCUGCUCUGACAGCCUCUGACAGCAACGACAGAAGGUUGAAGGCCAACACACGAAUCGAAGAUAUGUUUGGUUUAUAAUUUCCGUGCUUGCUGUUCACUUUCUUGAAACUGAGCUGCCUUUUGCCAGAAAAUUGGAUAUUUUAUCUUGAUGAAUUCCAGUGACACCUAUUCAAGCGCGAUGGGGCCGCAGGAGGUGGUUUGGCUGCGCGUGCGGGGCCGUGACGGUGAGCGCCAGAUCCGGAAGAAGCUGCGCGUCUCGCUGCGUCAACUGGCCACCUUGGACCUGGCGCAGUUCCGUCUGUUCCUGAAGGAGAAGUUGGAGUUGGAGCGGUCGCCGUCCGUGUCCUACAGCGACGACGAGGGAGAUGAGAUCCCAGUGACGAGCGACAGUGAGCUGAACGUGAUGGUCUACAUGGCCGAGAUGCUGGCGCGUCAGAGCUGCGCGCUGGAGGUGCGGUUGCGCGAGCGGACCACGCCGAACACCUCCUCGGGCGCCACCGGCAGCGGCGAGCCGUCGCUCACCUCUGCGCGCCAGCUGGCCAAGCGGGACGGACAGCGGGUGGGCAGUGCCGAGCGGGCGCAGCGGCGCCAGGAGCGGCGCCGCUGCGAGCUGCACGCGGCCCGAGAGCCGCGCCGGCCGCCGCAGCAGCUCGACGUGCGUCCGGUGCCAGCCGCGCCGGCCGACCCGCUCUGGGCGCGCGUGGACGCCUGGCAGCAGGCGUGUAUGGCCGGCGGUACAGAGACGCCCGAGGACGGCUGGCGGCCGCCCCACCAGCAGCCGGAGGUGGCGCACCUGGAGCAGCCCAGUCGCGGACAGCCGCUGCCGCCGCCGCCGCCGGCCGGCCACCAGACGCUGCCGGCCACCGCGCACAAGCGGGAGAAGAGGCGCGACAUCCCGCCCUGGUUCGCCAGCUUUAUGGGACAGUUCCAGAAGGAGCUGGUCUCUGAGGUGGUGACGGCAGUGAAGUCGGAGCUGGCCAACGCUCCGGUCUGCCUGUGCGGGGCUCCGCGCGCCACAGACUCCGACCAGGCGGCCGGCGGUGCCGAGCCAGAGGAGGAGCGGCCGCCGAGCUCGUCAGUCGCGGUCAGCUCGCUGACUCAGCCGGACGGACUGACCACUCCCAAGCGGCUGGCCGAGCCGCCCGUCUCCGACCCAAUCUCCAUACCGGGCAAAACGCGCGGCGUGCCGCCGGCGCCGGCCUCCUCCCCAGUCCCGGCUAAAGACGCGUCCACCGGUACAGCGGCGGUCCCCGCUGUGGAGAAGGCGGACACCGGGGUACAGACGACCCCUCCGGCGGUGCCUGCUGACGGUCCGGACUGGCUGCGGUCUCUGCUGAGCUCCUCUGAGUCGCCUGCCGCCGCUGCUGCCGCUGCUGAUACUGCGCCGGUGGACCGAUACGGCCUGUUCUCCGUGUCCGAGUCGUCCCCCGGCGGCGUGGGCGUGUCGUACGGCUCCGGCGGCUCGGUGGCCGGCGUACACAGCGGGGUGACCGUGUACAGCGCCGGCGGCCGCUCGGUGGAGACCACGGCGGCCACGGGCGGCGGGCGGCCCGCGCUGCUGCGCUCCGCCUACAGCGUGCCGGCCGGCCGGCCCCAGCCGCGGCCGCGCCGCCGCCCCACGGAUGUAGAUGAGGCCGACAGCUGCAUGCUGGUGAUGGUGGAACACUCGGCCGCCGAGCUGGAGCCGUUCUCGGGCGCGGCCGCCGCGCCGGACGACGUCCUGGCCGGACCUGAGACGGAGCAGAGCCGGCCGGAGGAGGCCUCCGCCGCCGCGCCCCAGCCGGAGGAGACGGUCCGGGAGGAGGGAGAGGGCCGGGAGGAGGAGGGAGAGGGCCAGGAGGUGCACCCGCCCGUCACUGUGGCCCAGUGGCUGGCCAGCGAGCCACCGACGCCGCCCGCCGCAACCGUCGGCGACCCGGAACUGGAGACGGUUGUUAAGCAGCCAGCAUCGGCGCCGGAGCCACAGGAGCAGGAGGCACACACGGAGCAGCAGUCACAGCAGAGACAGCGGGAGCCCGCUCCGGUUCAGGAGCAGCCACGGGAGGCGGACCAGGAGCCGGAGCUGGAGGAGGGCUUCGUCACGGUGAACGGACGCCGGCUCAGUCUGUCCGAGGACGACUUCUCCGACAUCGUCAUCAUCUCGUCUCCGGGCGGCUCGGAGCGCUUCGAGAUGGUCGAGGAGGUGGCCGAGGAGCUGGAGGAGGCGCUGACGCAGCACCAGCGGCAGGUGCAGCAGCAGGAGCGACAGCAGCAACAGCAGCAGCAGCAGCAGGCUGAGCCGCCAGUGCAGGCCACGUCUGACGCCGCUGGUGACCCGAUGAUGGUCUCGGCCCUCUCGGACCGCUGGGUGGACGCCGCCGCCUCGCUCGAGGACUCGGGCAGUGCGGGCUCGCUGAGCGGCUGGGCGGCCAGCUCGGCCGGCUCAGAGCUGCUGCGCUCCACCUGCGAGAGCGCCCCGGCCGCCUGUCACAUCGCCAUCAGCUCCCCGCCGGCCGGUGCCGCCCAGACCACCGUCUCGCUGCCGGCCGGCGUCAAACUGUCGCCGGUGUCUGCCAGCGCGCGCCAGCCGCCCAUCCCUGAGCAGCCGGCCGGCGGUGAGGCGGCGGGAAAGGAGACAGAACAGGAGACACAGGAGACGGAACAGGAGACGCAGCAGGAGACCCAGCAGGAGGCGGUACAGGAGACAGUACAGGAGACGGAGCCGCAGCAGCCGCCGAGUGUGGUCGGCGCCGAGUCGGCCGGCCUGGUGUCGCUCAUGGACCCGCUGUCGGCACUGUCCGAGCCGCUGCUGCGCCGACUGGCCGAGAGUCUGCAGCUGGUGCCCGAGAGCCGCCAGAUGCAGCUGGCGUCAGCACUGACCGGUCGACGCUUCGUCGAGGCGUUCUGGGCGAGCCUGGUCGAGUCGGCGGCGGCGGCCGGCCGCUCGCCGAUGGAGGAGCUGCUGCACGACCAGGCGGCGCGGCCGGCCGGCGUCGGCGUCCUGGCUGACGCUCUCGACACCAUGCUGCGCCACAUCAAGGUGUCGGCCACCUCGAGCUCCCAGCUGGACGGGAUGGGCGCGCAGGCGGUCAAACACGCGCUCUGCCUACUGCGGGACGCCAUCCGGGCCGAGGAGAAGGCGGGCCUGGAGCCGGAGGUGGCUGCCGCCGCUGGACGAGUCUGGACGCCGCCGCGGAUGGACGAACUGCGCCAAGAGCGGCAGCGGGAGGCGCCCCGGGAGGCGCCCCGGCAGCAGCAGCCGGAGCCGGAGCCGGCGCCCCGCCAGGAGCCGCUCUCUGGACAGCAGCGGUCGUCCGACGGGCGCCGGUCGUCGUCCGGCUCCCCCACGGGCCCGUCCUCCCCGGAGCCGGCGCUGGACGUGCCCACCUGGCUCUCCAGCCUGGUGGGCCUGCUACCGGAGCGAGUGCUGAACAUGCUGACACAGGGCCACCGGCGCGGCGUCCGCGAGAGCACGCCCAGUGAGGUGGAGGCCCUGGUGAUCACUCGGCUGGUCGAGAUGGGAUUCUACGACCUCGACAGGAUGCGCGAGCUGUUCGCGCAGCUCGGCGCCGACGUCGGCCUGAUCGCGUCCCACCUGCUCGAUGCCGAGGUGUAGCUCGACCGGGGGACCGUGGUAAACUUCAGCCAAGGUGGCACCAGCUGGAAGACGGUCGAUUUGGGCGGGGAGCUUAGUCUAGAGGGUGACCCAUUUGACGAUAGGUGAAGCCACUACGGCUCAAAGGAAUUCGCCUGAGGUUUAGUUUUUCUCUGCUAGCGUGGGUGUAGUGCUGUGUUGCCGCGCAGAGGUCUUAUGCUAAGCGCCGCAUUAGAUGGCUUUCAAUAAUUCUGACCCGUGGACUUCAGUUCCUGUCUGAAUGCGGGAAUAUUUUCGGCUGGCGAAAACGUCGGAUCGGUGAAACAUGGACCAGAUAAGGCGCUGUGAGAUCGGACCGAGCUGCGAGAACCAGAGAAGACGGGGCCGUCUGGCACGAAUAGAGCCUCCGGCUGCUGCUCCAGAGACCGCUGCACGAACAUCCUACACUGCUGGACAGAGCGGGAGAAGUGGUAACGACAGACGCGUCUGUAAGCUGGCUGUGAAUUGCGGCACUAAAGGCAGGUGGUGAGGAACUGCUUGCUUGCAGGCGGGCUGAGGAGGCUCGCCAUGGGAUAGUUGACAUCACCGGAAUGCCGGGGGUGAGAUUGACCUAUGUGGAACACAUCCACGGCUGGCGUCCUGCCCUCCCGGCUGAACAGAUCUGCUGGCAGAGCUGGAUUAAAGGGAUAAAACCAGGAGGGACUGACAGGAAGACGGAAUUAUUGGCGACAAGUGGCUGGUAAUCACCCGAAACAUCGAGUAAUGCGUGUUCAGUGGACAGCGCCGCCGACAGGACAUUGAACGGGCGAGAGUUCACAAAGUCAGAGCAGCAGGCGGCGCGGUCUGCCGCGGCGGAGACACGAGUGAGAUGUCGGACCGUCAGGACUGUUGAUAAGGUGGUCAGAGGUGCCCAGAAACGCCUGGUUUGGUGUCGUUGGAUUGGGACGUUUCUUUAGCUCAGUUGUGUCUUUUAAGCGAUUUCGAUUUCGAGCUGUAAUCGAUCCUGAGACGAAUAUUUUGUGGAAAUUAUCGAAGCGUCCACGAUUUGAACGAGCGCUUUAAUUUUAGAACUUAGAAGUGGGGCUGUGCUGUGGGGCGCCGGGUUGUGGAGUAAUGUUUAUUGUUUUGUUGUUGUAGUUCAGUCUGGUUUUAGACUUAAUCCUUACAUAUGGGGCACUCUAACCGGUUGUUCGGUGUAAUAACUGAGAGUGAAGAGCCUGGAAAUAUUUUCUUCUCAGCGUUUUUAACCACGCUUCCUAGCCUCGCUUCUCACCGUGCAUAGAUACAGUUGCAUUUUAAAUCACGGAAUGAUGUCACAUUUACCUUGUGGUUCUGAUAAGAUGGUAUAUUUUGGCCUUUCAUGGGAACUAUACGAAUCGAACUAUUUUAUCCUAGAUACAGAGUGUUGCGUGGCGGCGACUCUCGCUGCACUUUACUCGCGGCGGGCGCACAUGGCGUCUGUAGCUGUGCUAGCUGUAUUUUUCAGUGGGUGUAGAUGUCGCUGGUCUGCCCUCGUGGUAACCGCGGUACACCGGCCGGCGUGGGUGACCCGAGAGCCGCCCAGCUAACACCCCGGGCCGGCGUAUGUCUGGUCUGCCAGUCGCCGUCAGUCGUGGCUCGGGCGAGAGGCAACGCUGGUUCAUACAGCUGGUUUACUCCCAAUACCGGAACACGAAACAAAUUGACAGCACAUCGCUCUCACUGAUGUUUCCGUGAUUUGACGUUAUUAUCCAGACAGACAAAUCUCGUAUAUCUCAAUUCUCAAACAAAUCCUUUUAAAACUCAAUGUUCUGGUAUUCUGAAUAUGCCGGCUCUGUGCACUGGGGCUGCAUCUCGCCCACUGUGGGCCAGUGACCGGGGCUGUGGGCCCGGUCCGGUCCGUGCCGGGAAGGGCCCUCGGGCCAGCGUACCGGUCAGCCCGGGAGCAGUGAGUCGGAGGCGCCCCGACGGAGCAGUCGGAGGCUGUCCUUCCCGCGCUCAGCCGCCUCUGUAGACCUCUGAAUACAGCGCACGCUGA